GAGCAAUCCACGAUCCGACCCAUGGCAUCAAACAACCAAACAAACCGUCCUCUGAGUCCGGCUUUGAUGGCAGACGCGUAUACGAUCGGCCUAAUCACUUUUCUUGGUUUUGAACUAGCAGCAGUUCAAGCUAUUCUGGACGAAGAGCAAGAUGAGCCAUCGGACUUCGAACAAAUCUCCGCUGACGAUAACAAAUACUUCUGGGGUCGAAUUGGGAAACAUAAUGUUGUUGUUGCGGCCUCUCAGUCUGGGCUCUACGGUUUUGCCUCGGCCGCCAUGGUCGUUACAUCCAUGAUAAGGUCCUUCCCUUCAAUCCGCUUUGGCCUUCUGAUUGGUAUUGGUGGUGGCAUUCCAAGCUCUGGGAAGGGCCCAGACAUCCGGCUUGGGGAUAUUGCUGUGAGCAACCCUGGGGGAAGGCACGGUGGUGUGUGCAUCGGAUAUCAUGCAAAGCCUCCAGUUGUCCUACUCGAAGCAAUAGCGAAACUGAAGGCAGACUACAUGACAGGAGACUCAAAACUCCCGGACAUUGUUGAGAAUUUGCAAAGCCGAAUGUCCGAAUUUGAUCCAGGCUUUUCAUACCAACAGGAAGACAACGACACUUUCUUCGAGUCCACAUUCGACCAUCUCGGUGGGGAAGAUUGCACAGAGUGCCAUGAGUCAGGCGCCGAACACCUUGUGGCAAGAAAAGCGAGGGGAUUCUCGAAACCGGUAGUACACUACGGGUUAAUCGCAUCUGGAAACGGUCUCGUAAAAGAUGCAAGUCACAGAGACAAGUUGGUCGCGGCACUGAAAAAGAGAACAGGUGCUGAGUGCAUUUGCUUCGAGAUGGAAGCCGGUGGUCUUAUGGCUAACUUCCCCUGUUUGAUCAUUCGAGGAAUCUGCGACUACUGCGACUCUCAUAAGAACGACCGAUGGCAAAAGUAUGCUGCCAUGACAGCAGCUGCAUACGCACGGGAACUCCUUGAAGUAAUAUCUGCCACCCGAGUUGUCAAGACCAGGAACGCUGUUGAAGCUAUCACGUCCCUCCAUUCUGACAUCAAACGAGUAGAAGAGCAUAUCUGGGAAUGGUUGCAUCCUGUAGACGCUCUUACAAAUUACAGAGAAGCGUUACGGCUACGGCACCCCGAUACGGGCCGUUGGUUUCUUGAGAGCGAUUCUUUUCAAUUAUGGAAAACCAAACCUGGAUCUUUUCUCUGGCUCCACGGCAAUCCCGGAUGCGGCAAAACAAUUUUAAGCACCAGUAUUAUUGAGCGCCUCUCCGAAAACAAACCGUUGUACUUUUAUUUCUCUUUCACCAACACGAACACGCAGUCAGUAGAAAGUGUAAUCCGCGUAUUAAGCAGUCAGCUCUACAUGAAUUUCGGAGCCUCUAGAGAGUCAAUGAACUCACUCUAUACAUCUUGUGGAAAUGGCCGACAGCAACCAAGCAUCGAAGCGCUACAAAAAGUCUUUCAAGAUAUGGUUGAGCAAGUAGGGGAGGUCUGGAUCAUCCUAGAUGCCCUGGACGAAUGUCAAGAACCCUCUCAGAUCGAGCUCCUACUGUCAUGGGUGGAAAACCUGCAAUCCCAGAAGACGAACAUUCAUUUUCUUAUAACGAGCCGCCAGGAGCAAGACAUCAAGUCAACAUUGGCGAAAUGGGACCAUGAGCAGAAACAAACCAUUUCCAUACAAAGUGAUUUGGUGGAAGAAGACAUACGCAAGUAUAUUCACAUGAGAGUGAGAGGAUCUGAAGGUCCGGAAAGGUGGCAAAGGAGACCGGAUAUACAGGAUGAGAUUGAGGAUACUUUAACGAAGAAGGCCAAUGGAAUGUUUCGAUGGGUUUCACUUCAGCUUGAUACGCUCGAAAGGUGCCCUGAUAUUAUCUCUACACGGAAAGCUCUUACUGAAUUGUCUUCAACACUGGAUAAAGUCUACGAACGAGUUUUGGGGGGCGUCCAUGCUGAAGACGAGCACACCUCCACAAACUUACCGCCACAGCAGACAACAUAUGAACAGCCGAUAAAUCUCAAUCCGGCUGUAGAUCCGCAAGUCGAUUCUAUGAUCGCUCUUGCUCCCGUCAACUCAUAUUCUAGUUCCAGCGUCAGCUAUGUCUCAAAACGAGUGUUUUCCGAAUCCAAUUCUCACGAAACUGCCUUGACGAGCAUGGAUGUCGAAAGCGCAGUUGCCCCAUCGCUGUUAUCCUCAGAAAAGUAUGAACCACCAGCCCCUCCGGAUGGACGAGACGAAGACAUCAGAUCGCUCAAAUCCGACGACUCUGAUAACCAAUCACAAACCAAUACACGAAGGCCCCGUACAGAGAUUUAUGCCAUCAAACAACUUACGAAUCUUCUUGUGGAGCACGAAAAUAUGAUCAGUGUCAACAGAGGCCAUCGAAAGGAUGGGGGAAGAACGCUUCAUUCGAAAUUAUCGCAGAAUCCUCAAGACAUACUAUCGAAACUUAUUGGUUCGAGCACAAAACAAAUUUGA